CCCACCAAGCACAUUCUCACACCUAUCCACCUCGCCGCCUUCCAGAGAUCGCCCACGUACCGUGAUGUGACUACCUUUAUCGAUGACCUAAACGAGUCGGUCAUCGGGCUUCAGCUCGCGGAUGUCAAACCAUCACCUGUACGUCGUACACAAUCUCUAAUAGACAUCCUGGAUCAAGUACUAGAUAUCGCCCAUCGGACUCCACCCGUCGACAACAAGCUGUCACGCUUUGGCAAUCCAGCCUUCAAAACAUUCUACGACAAGGUCGGCGAAGCGUCCACCUCGAUGCAUCGGGGACUGGUCCCAGACGAAGCGAUACCAGAGGUGGAGACGUAUCUCAAAGAGUCAUGGGGAAACCGUCAGAGGGUCGAUUACGGGAGCGGGAUGGAGUUCAACUUUCUGUGCUGGAUGCUGUGCCUUGUCAAGCUCAAUGCUGUACAACAGUCCGACUAUCCCUUCCUCGUCCUGGGUGUGUUCUGGAAAUACAUCCAGGUCAUGCGAUACCUACAAUCGACAUACUGGCUCGAACCGGCGGGGUCGCAUGGGGUAUGGGGAUUAGACGACUACCAAUUCCUGCCCUUCCUUUGGGGAGCUGGUCAACUCAAAGGCCACAAACACCUCAAACCCAAAUGUAUCCACGACCCCGAAAUCCUCGAAGCCUUCUCUUCAAAGUACAUGUACCUCUCGUGUAUCUCCUUUAUCAACUCGAUCAAGACGGCCUCCUUGCGCUGGCAUUCACCCAUGCUCGACGACAUCUCCGUCGUCAAGACGUGGGACAAGGUCAACUCGGGGAUGAUCAAGAUGUACCAGGCAGAGGUACUGGGGAAGUUGCCAGUCAUGCAGCACGCCUUGUUCGGGUCGUUGCUCCCGUUUCCGACUGUCCAAGAGGAUCCUACCCUGGCCGACGCGGAGGAGAUCGAGCCAGACUCGCACGGACAUGUACACGCGAAAGGCGAGACGGGGUGGACGAUGGACUGCUGCGGCAUACCAGCAGUACCUUCCGCCUUUGCCGAAUCC